UUGAGAAAUGCAUCUAUGUAAAUGCAGGUCAAUUAGUAUAGACGUUUGACAAUUUUAAUACCAGUGAAACAGAAGGGUUUCUCCUGGAUCAGAAAGAUUAGCCAAGGACACACUACUGAAAUGGAGGAAAUAAUAAGAGGGUUAGAGAAGAAUGGUCGAUUACAGGACUCCUCUUGUGAAGCAGAGCUCCAGGAACUAUUGCAUCAAAUUGAUGUCAUGGUGAACCGAAAAAAAGUUGAAUGGGAACAACAGUCACAAAGUCUUGAGACCCAGCUUGAAAUGCGUGAGCUAGAACUGGCCAAUGUACGCACUUGCCUUCUCUCAAAAGAGCAUGAGGUAGAUGAGCUUCAUCAGCAGCUACAAGACUUUGAAAACUCUCAUAGACUAAUGAUACAGAAGUAUGAAGAACAGUUUAAAUCCUUGAAAUCCGAUCUCUGUCAACUGCAUAGUACCUAUGAAAAACUGCAAAAACAUCAACUAAAACAAGCCAAGGAGACAUUCAAGCAACAGCCCCAAAAUUCUGAUGACAAAUGGAACAGCUGGAAGCAGAUUGAGCUAUGUGAAUCAGAAAUAAAGUAUUUGAGGACUUGUGUGGCGUGUGCUCAGGACACAAUCAGGAGUGAUGAAGCCACCAUUGAACAACUGAAAACUACACUUGAGGAAAAGACUACACAAGAGGAAUUGCACCAGCAGGAGCAGCAACAUCUCUUGGAAAAGGUUAAAUGUUACCAAAGAAGAUGCCAGAAAAUGGAAUUAAAACUUUCAGACCUGCAAAUUGAAUUGCAAUCACGAGAUGAUCUACUGCAAGUGAACCACUUGGAGCAGAAACAACUACGGAAGGAGCUAGCCAGGGUCAGACAAUCCAUAAUGCAAAAAGAUGAUGUUCCUAGGCCAAUGGAACUAACUAAUCUUGAAAUGGAACUCAAGAGCACUUUGAAACAACUCGAGGCAAGCAGCAAGAAUGAAACAGUGCUGCAGGCGGAUAUCAUGAGAUUAAAAGCAGAGUAGGUGAAGUGUUG